CGGUGUGAGGCGUGUGGGUCGGUGUCGCCGUGACGAGCGCUGUGGAGGCGCGGGUGGUCCCUGGGCAGCCCUGCGGUAGCGGUGGGGCUUCGGGCGCCGGCUGAGAGGAGAGACCGCCUCCCCCCGCUCCUCUUACAUUCAGAAGGCUUUAUUUUCAAGGAUAACACAGUGUGACGACAUGCUGCGAGGAAAGCAGGAGAGCCCUGUGGAUGGCGGUAAUGCGGAGGAACAGAAGAGGAGAAAGCUGAAUGCUGUCAGGCAAUGCCUUAAGAUUCUAGAAGAGGACAGCGCAGGACCAAGUUGCAGGAGUGACUUGAGUUGUAUCUCAAAAGAGUUGUGUGAUGUUGUGCACAAUGAAGAGACUAAUUUCUGGGGUUCCUCUUCUACAAAAACCAAAGCAGAUGUUAAACUCGGACUGUAUGAUGGCACCUCAGAAAGGGUAGCGAGGCCCUUCAGGUCUGUCACUGGAGAGAAGAAUGUUCAGCGCUUGGUUUCCUCAAGCAAUGGGCAGAAGUCUGAACUACUCGUUCCACCAGGAGACACGGAAAAUGAAACUAUAGAAGAUAUUGAUGAAGCUUUGUGGGCAGGCGUUUGUAAUCUCAGCUGCUUACAAGAUGCACAUGAGGUACUGAAACGCUUGGAAUUGGAGGUGAAGCAAGAAGGAGGCAAAGUUUCAGAAACUCUGGAUAGAAAACUUGAUGAACUUACUACUUGUAUCCUGUCAAGGAAAAGGAAACUGCAUGCAGAAUUAGUGAAGAGCAUGGACAACUACAGUGUUGGUAUUGCAACAGCUAAGCGAUACAUAGAAGAGAAGAAAAAAUGCUUGAUUGGUGCCAUUAGGAUCGCAAAGGAACUAAAAAUUACACCUUCUGUAAGAACAUACUGUGACCUGUCUCAGGUUAUUCGUGAUUUGACGUUUCCAAUUGAUACUGAGCUCUCAAAAGUGAAGAGUUUGAAGGAAAAAGCAGUUCCAAGAUUGUUCCUGAGCACAGAUGAGAUUAUUUCGUUCUUACGAAAUAUGGGGAAGAUUGAAUGGGAAACAUUGGUAUAUGAAGGUAAUGGACAGCGUGCUCUUGCCUUUGGUGACAGAGAAAAAAUGCCACGCUCAGAUAACCGGUUACCUGUAGAAAAUAUGGUUCCAGCACAUAAAAGAGAAAGUAAAGAAAAGGCUCUGGCUAAUAAACUUGGUAUUUGUGAAGGAGUGAAAAAGGUUAAGGAAUCACUUCCUGUGGUACCUCAUCAGAAUAUUCAUGCUGUAUCCAAGUCUCCAUCCAGUCCUGAUGUAAUAAUAGAAGAAAUAUAUGAAGAUAAUCUAGAAAGAUUUCCCACAGGAAAUCAUCAUGACAAACAGAGGAAGAAACUUUUCAAGAAGCAAGCAUACUCUGAGCACAGAGCUGGUUCAACAGAACUGGUGUUUGUAAGUCACGUUGUAAAUCCGUGCCACUUCUAUAUUCAGCGAUACUCACAGAGGAGAGAAGGUGCUUUUUUGGAGAUGAAAUUGAAUAAUUUCUGUUGUAAUAAAAGUUCGUAUUUCUUGGCUUCGGAUGUUUUGGAACCAGGCGUCAGAGCUUUUAUAAAGAGGAGGGAAACCGGAAUGUGGUGCCGUGGAACUGUCACUAAACUAAUUCCCAUAAAAGCUACUAACAAGCAGAAGACGGGUGGUCCAAUGAGAUGCAGAGUUUGUGAUAUCGCAGUGAUUGAAAUAUUUCUGAUCGAUUUUGGGAGUUCUGAAGUAUUUAAUUUCUCAAGAUAUGCUCCUGCUGAUCUCGCUGCUCUACAAACUAUGCAAACUGAUGACAUUUGCUUGCUUAUGAGGAAGCCUGAUCAACGUAUUGAGGCUGAACUUGCAGCCAUUCCUCCCUUAGCAGUACUGUGUUCAUUGAAAGAUAUUGUUCCUAAAAAUGCAAGUGAAGGCUGGGGAGAAGAAGCAAAGAAAAUAUUUCUAGGAAUGGUAAAUAAUAAAGCUGUUUUAAUGACGGUAUUUAGAGAAGAGGAUGGCAUUCUCUUUGUGGACUUAAGAAAACCUCCAUGUAAUAAAAUAUGCAGUGACAUGCCCACGUCUCUCAAGGAUACGUUGGUUUUUUUAGAUGUGGCAAGGUUUAAAUCACAUCUUCCCAACCACUUAGAGAAUAAUACGGUGUUGCAGUGUAGUGCACCUAAGAUGCCACAAGAAAGAGACGUGUUCUCUGUUACAGUUUGUCGUAUUAAUAGUCCAAGUGAUUUUUAUCUGCAAUUGGCAGGUAGUCAGGUGGGUUUAGCAUUUCCAGUGAAAACUGAAGAAAUACAAGAACAUUGGAAUAGCAAAGACAAGACAAUUGCUUGCCCAGUUGAAGGCCAAACUUGCAUUGCAAGACACAAAAGUGGCAACUGGUACAGAGCACAGAUCAUAGGGUUGCCACAUCCUGAAGCAGUUGUGGUAAAGUACAUUGACUUUGGCAGCAUUGCUAACGUACCUCUUAAAGACAUACGUGACACAGCAGAUGAGUUUCUGAGCUUUCCAGGAAAGAUGAUCAAGUGCAGGCUGGCUUACAUUGAACCUUGUGAAGCAGCAGGUGAAUGGAGCAAAGCAACAACAGGAAGGUUCAAAGAAAUGACUGAAGAUAAAUCUGUUUUGUGCUCAGUUGUUGAGAUGUUAGAUAAUAUUUUGUCUGUUGAACUUUUUGACUCCCGUGCUGCUUGUGGAAGAGGCUCAAGUAUUAACUGCCAGCUAGUCAGAGAAGACCUUGCAUCCUACAUACCGGGGUACAUUAAAGGUACUCCUGCAAGUUCCAAGGAAACGUGGGACAAUUCUCUGGAAGAAAUUCCUGAAAAACUGAGAGCUUUAAAUCCCGUAAACAUGAAAGCCCUGGAGAGUCAGGAUUUCAGAUCAUAUUCUAAGAAAGAGUUACAGGUGAUAAUUAGUCACGUUGUGUCUCCUAGUAAAAUUUUUAUCCAGUGGCUGUCAUCAGAAAGCAAACUGAAAAGUUUACAGGAGAAGAUGGAUGCCUUCUACACAGAAUCCCAGCCGCAGUCUGUGAAAUGGGAAAAUAAUAUGCACUGUGCUGUUUAUGUGCGUGAUUUGAAGCAGUGGUGUAGAGGACAGAUAAGCAGAAUUGUCUCUGAAACAACUGCUGAGGUACUACUCUAUGAUUCUGGAGCAGAAAAAACAGUGGAUAUCAGUUGUCUGAGAGAACUUCAGGAAGACAUGAAGAGAACUGAAACAUUAGCAAUAGAGUGUGCCUUAGCAGAUAUAAGACCAACAGGUGGAAGCAUGCAGUGGACAGCAACAGUGUGUGAAUGUAUCUCCUACUGCCUAACUGGGGCAGAAGCAAAAGUAGUGAUACAGGAAACCAUUGAGGGGAGCACAUUGCCUGUGAAAAUCCUUUGGAAGGAUGAGGCAGGACAACUGAUUGAUUUUUCAGAACACCUUAUUGAAAAGGGUUUGGCUUUUAGAAACACAAGAACUGAUAAAGCUGCUGUGGCUUAUACAGUCCCUGUGAAACAUCCUAAAGUACAUUUAGAGCAAGUGAACUCACAGCCGAGCACUUGUAACUCAGAACCUGCGUGUACAAGAAGCAGCUCUGAUGAACAGGAAGACAUUAAUGUUUCAAAGAAUGAACAGAAGUCCAGACUGCCUUUGGAAAUGAAUAAAACAUACAAACCCCCCAUUAUACCUGAAGAAAGAAACUUUCAGGCUGUAGUAAGUUGCGUUGGAAAUGAUGGAACUCUUUAUAUAAUACCAAAAUCAUCUGAAAGUGAACUAAAGAAAUUGAUGGUUGAAAUACAAAGUAACUUUAAGUGCCUUGGUCUUUUGGAACCCUAUUCUUGGAAAAAGGAAGAAGCUUGUGUUGUAAGAGGGUCAGAUAGCCUUUGGUAUCGAGGUAAAGUUGUAGAGCAUGGUGGUGGUACUCUGCAGGUACAGUAUGUAGACAGUGGUUGCAUAGAGAGGGUCCCUCAGUGCCACCUGCAUCCAACUACAUUGUAUACUUCUAUUCCUCCAUUUUGCAUACCAUGUCAACUCUACAAGACAACCCCAAUUGGAAGUUCUUGGCAGCAGGAUGCAGUGGAUCUCCUUCAAAAGCUACUUAGAAAUGAGGAGGUUGAAAUACAUGUUCAGGAGCUCCCUGAUAGUCCCUGGGGAAAACUGUCCAUCUGCCUGUAUUUCAGUGGAAUGUCAGUUUCUUCCUUCAUGGCAGACAAGAAGUACUGUGUUGUUGAUGACUGUCAGGAAAUAGCAAAGCAGGUGCUGGUGGAAGGACACACUCCUGUUUUGCCUUCAUACAAGUUGCCGCCGCUACCUGUUCAAGGAGAUAUCUUUCCUGUCAGGGUAACCCAUUUUGUGACCCCUAAGGAGGUAUAUAUCUGCCUUACUCCUUCUGAGAACCUUACCAAGCAGUCUGCCACAGAGGGAGAUGUCAGCUGUUUCUCAGAGUUGAAGACCCUUGAUGAAGCCCUGAAAUGGUGCAAUAAAUACGUGGAUAGUCUUCCCCUUCUCACAGACUUCAGAACAGAAAUGCCUUGCCUCGUAGAGUAUGAAGAUAGUUUAUGGUAUAGAGCGAAGCUCCAGUCUGUUGAAGAAACUGACACUGUUAAGAUCCUGGUUCAGUUUGUUGACUAUGGCAAUUUUUUAGUUGUCCCAACAAGCAAGUUGCGUCAGAUACCUCUUCAUUUGCUGAAGUAUCCUGUUCAGGCAGUACACGCCAUGUUGGCUGGCUUUAAGCCUUCAUUAUGUGAUACAAGUGUAGAAAGAAUUCCUUACUGCCCAGAAUGGAGUGUGAAAGCAUUGUGGACUAUGAUGGACUCUGCAGAAGGAAAACAGCUCUCUGCUUCCAUUCUUUCACUUUCACCAGAGGUCACGAUUUUCCUGUAUGGCGAAGAACAAAAACUGGUUCAUAUGAAGCUGAUAGAAAUGGGACUUGCAGAUUUGGACGAAUGAAAUUAUUUGUUCUCAAUGUCUGUGCCAGUGGUUCUCAGACUGUGUUCUCAUCUGUGAUUGUUUAUGAAUGUCCAUCCAGUCAAACAUGAAACACAGCAAAGAGAAGCUUUACAGUAUGCGUUGCCUACAGAGACGCUGAAGGACUGCUUUGUUCUGGUUUUUGGAGGGGUGGUU